AUAUUUUGAAACUUAAAAAACAAUAUGCAUUAUACGACCGUUUUAUUUGUGUUGGUGAUACAAUUUGUAGGUAGUUUUACUCAAGGGAAUCAGAGGCCUUUAAGCGUGCAGGAGCAGGAGGACAUAAAAAGAGGUGUGAGAAACAUGGUAAUUGUGCCAGCGGGAAUUUACCAAGUCGGCACAGACGACGUAAUUGUGGACAGCGACGAUGAAGGUCCAAAAAGAUUGGUAGAAUUGGACAGUUUCUAUAUGGAUAAAUACGAAGUAUCAAACGAAGAAUUUAGCCGUUUUGUAGCAGCAACCUACUAUAAGACUACCGCGGAAAAUAUUGGUGAUAGUGGUGUAUUUCAAGUAUUUCUCAAUAAUACGUUUAAAGAAAAGAUAAAAGACUCUCGCUCUUUUCAAGCACCUUGGUGGUACAAGGUUAAAGGUGCCAAUUGGAGACAACCGUAUGGACCAGAUUCAGAUAUAUUUGCUACAAUGGAACACCCGGUGGCGCACGUAUCGUGGACAGAUGCUCGUUUAUACUGUGCAUGGCGUGGUGCUCGACUUCCUACUGAGGCUGAAUGGGAGGGGGCUUGCCGUGCUGGACACCAUGAUAUCACGUAUCCUUGGGGAAAUAAACUCUUCCCUAACAAUAGAACCAUGGCUAACAACUGGCAGGGUUCUUUUCCGACUUAUAAUUCAGAAAGAGAUGGAUUUACUGGUUCGUGUCCCGUAUGGGCUUUUCCUCCGAAUGAGUUUGGUCUGUACAACAUGAUUGCCAACGUGUGGGAAUGGACUGAAGAUAAUUGGUCAGAAACUGGGCCAAUAGAGAAAGUGAUUAAAGGUGGUUCAUUCCUGUGUCAUCAUUCUUACUGCUAUAGAUAUAGAUGUUCAGCCCGUACUAGUGCCUCGCCAGAAACUACAGGAGUAAAUAUGGGAUUUCGUUGUGCUAAAUCUAUGAAUAGUAUAUAAUGAUAAUUAUAUAACUUACCUAUUUUAUUUUAUUACUAUCAUAAUUAAAUUGAGUUGGACGCGUAGGCUUUUUGAGAUAAGAGUUUUCUAAUUAGGAAAUUAUGAAUGGGUUAUUGAUUUGUUCAUUCAUCAUGGUAGAGCAUUGUGUUUACAGUCAUUGUAAUAAUCAUAAUCAUUAAUUGCGUAAACGAAUACCUAAGUGUCCACAUCACCGGUACAUUUAGCAGAACUAAAAAGUGAAAAUGUAAAAUGGUAUUGUUUAUGUAUAAAUAAAUUAGAGUUAGACACUUUAACAUUUUAUUCCUAAUAUGACACAAAAUAUACAUUAAACACAAAAGUAAAAACAUAACAUUAUUGUCAUAGCAAAUGAAAGGGCGCUGACUCAGUAUAUGCCAAAGUUUCUCGACGCUUAAAAUUUUCAGCCAGGACCAACGACCCUUAUAUAAAAAAAAUCUAAAUUAAAUGAAAUGCAUUUUUUAGAUUUUGUAACGAAGUAGAAACAGCUGAAAAAUAUUACUGUUAGGAUUGUAACAGUUUAAAUUUGAUUAAAUCAAAUUUUAAUUCAUAAAACUUUUUCAACUAAAGUUUACGAAAU